UUUUCGACCUCGAACCUUGCGAGGUUUCUUUCUGUGAUAAAAAUUCGUAGUUUUUGUGUUGUUUUGAUUGAACGUGCUAUGUGGCCUUAGAAGAAAAUAAAAACCCUUUGUUAGCGUAUAGUUUUAUAAUGUGUAUAAGUAUUCAGCAUCCUAAAAGUGUUGUUUAAUCGUGUGCGGUUAAUUUAAUGUCAUUGAGAGAUCACGAUGCGUAUCGGUUUAGUGUUUUAUUGGUGCGUAUUCGCAUUUCAUUUGUGUAAAGCUGAUGAUGUGGAAAGGACAGAACCUAAAGAUAGCGGGAGAAGACCUCAAUGGGGUCCUGUGGUGAGGAGUGGGUCCUAUAUGAGCGACUCGGCAGUGACAGCAUCCAAUGAGCAGAUUCUGCUGGAGGCCUGCCACAACGAGCAGUCAUGUCUUCAGGACCGGGCAGGUCUGGAGGCCAUCACGCAACUGCACAGGCAGCUGGAUGACGACGCCAACGGGAACGUAGACCUUAGCGAGAGUGAUGACUUCCUCCGCGAAGAGUUGCAGUACGACAGCGGCUACGAGAAGCGGCAGCGAGCGUUCCACCACAAUGACGACAUGCACAUAUCGGUCAAGGAGCUCUGGGAGGCGUGGCUACGCUCCGAGGUCCACAACUGGACGGUGGAGCAGACAGUCGAGUGGCUGUCCCAGUCGGUGGAUCUUCCUCAAUACAAGACGCUGUUUCUGCAACACAAAGUCACCGGCGCCACUCUGCCCAGGUUGGCGGUGAACAACAUGCAGUAUGUCAGCAACGUGCUAGGCAUCAAGGACCCCAUCCACAAGCAGAAGCUGGCCUUGAAGGCCAUGGAUGUAGUGCUAUUCGGCCCCCCGAAAGGUAGUAGAUGGAAGGACUGGCUUCUCGCUUCUCUGCUGUUGGGCGCAGUGGUGGGCGGCUGGGCGGCUCUUCGGGCCGGGCGCGCCAGCCGCUCGCAGGUGCAGCGCAUGCUGCGCGACAUGGAGCAGCUGAAGAAGGCUGAGAUGGCGCUGGAUGACAUGCAGAAGGAGCUGGAGAGGGCUAGACAGGAGCAGGAAAACGUGAAUACUGAAAAGAAGAAUCUUGAGAAAAAACUACGAGAGGCCGGUGACACUCCGCUGUUGAACUCCACUUCUUCAGACCUGGAGGUGUCGCAGCUCAAAGCCGAAAUCGAGAUGCUCCGAGCAGAGCUUCGCCGCGCUGAAGGCGAGUUAGAAGACAGAUGUUGGGCCCCACCAGCUGGCUUGCAGCAGUGGUUACAGCUAACCCACGAGGUCGAGAACCGCUCCUACCUCCGCAAGAAGCAGCAGGCGGAUAUGCAGUUGCAGCAAGCUAGAGAAGCUUGCGAGAAACUCCGCAAGAAGCGAUCGAGUCUUGUCGGCGCGUUCGUUUCGACGCACGGCAAAUCGAUCGACGACGUAGACAAAUCCAUUGUCGAAGCGCGCACCGCUCUCAACGAAGUCACUCAGGAACUACAGGAGAGAAUGCACAGGUGGAAACAGAUCGAGCGGCUGUGCGGCUUCAACAUCAUCAAGAACAACGGGCUGCAACACUUGGAAACUGCCCUCUACAGGAAUAUUAACGGUCGGCUUGGCGGUAGAGUGCGUAUGAGCAGUUCUCAAGACGACUUAAGCGUGGGCGACGACACGUCACUAUGCGGCUCAGUGGCUGACAAUUUCGGGUGGCGAGAAGAUUCCUCUGGCAGCGAAACCGAUGCCCCCCACUACCCCCUUGAUUUGAGAUUGGCCGAAGCGAGGCUACAAUUAGAAGAGCGUCUAGCUCAAGAGGCGAGAGAGAAGAGGAUAGACGAUCGACUGGAGAGGAGGCUUGAAGAGAAGAAGGCUUCGAUCGAGGAGCUGCGGUCCAAGUGUCUGUACACCGAGUCGCUGAAGGGCUCGGAGGACCGACGGCGCGACCCGGUGCACUUUGUGCUGGGGGGAGACAAGUGA